AUGACGCUAAAAUCAAUAAGGCCCAAGCUAAAAGGCAUCCUUUACGACACCACCGUCGAGGAGGAGGCGGUGCGCAAAAUGCGGCAAAAGUCGUCGUCUGCCUCCGCCAUCUUCGUGGGUCUCGUGGCUGCCAUGGGCGGCUUUCUAUACGGGUACGACACGGGCCUUAUCAACGGCAUCAUGGAAAUGUCCUACGUCAAGCAAGAAAUCCCGUCCAACCACACCGAUUUCAACGUGCACGAGCGGGCGCUUGUAACGGCGAUUCUAUCCAUGGGGACUUUUGUGGGGGCCUUGGCGGCUCCGCUUAUCUCCGACUCGUACGGGCGCAAGUUCUCCAUCAUCUUGAGCGCCGCUGUCAUUUUCAACGUGGGGAACACGUUCCAGGUCGCGGCCACGGACGUGGCCUUUCUUUGCGCCGGCAGGGCCAUUUCCGGCUUGGCCGUGGGAAUUCUCUCUGCCAUCGUGCCGUUGUACCAGGCCGAGGCCUCGCCCAAAUGGGUGCGUGGUUCCAUUGUGUUCACGUACCAAUGGGCGAUCACGUGGGGGCUCCUCAUAGCGCUGGCCGUUUGCCAGGGCACCCGCAAAAUCAACUCGAGUGCAUCUUACCGCAUCCCCAUCGGCGUCCAGUACUUGUGGUCCAUAGUGCUAUGCGUUGGCAUGCUCUUUCUCCCCGAGAGCCCGCGUUACUACGUGCAGAAAGACAACAUCCAGGGUGCUCUCGACUCGUUGAUCAAGCUACGGCGGCUCCCGCAGGAAGAUCCCGACCUUAUUGAAGAGCUAGUGGAGAUCAAGGCCAACUACGACUACGAAAUGUCCUUUGGGAGAACCACUUAUCUCGACUGCUUUCGGCUGGGUGGCGCCCGCCACAAACAGGGCCUUCGUAUGCUCACUGGGAUGGGUGUGCAGCUUUUCCAGCAGUGCUCGGGAAUCAACUUCAUCUUCUACUACGGCGUCAAUUUCUUCGCCUCCACGGGGGUGGAGAACUACUAUUUGAUGUCGUUCGUCACGUACUUGGUGAACGUGAUCUUCACGGUCCCUGGAAUUAUUUUUAUCGACAUUAUCGGAAGAAGACGGCUUCUCCUCAUAGGCGGCAUCGGCAUGGCAUUGAGCAACACCAUCAUUGCAAUAGUGGGCGUGACUAUGAGCUCUCACGAGGCGAGCUCGAUCGUGAGCAUUGCGCUCUCGUGCUGCUUCAUUGCCUGUUUUGCUUCUUCAUGGGGUGGGUGCACAUGGGCCAUUUGCUCCGACAUCUACGGUAUAAGCAUCCGUCAGAAAGCCGUUUCCAUCACUGCAUCGACGAACUGGUUGGUUAACUUUGUGUUCGCGUACAUCACGCCGUACUUGAUUGAUACGGGAGAACACACGGCCGCAUUGGGCAACAAGAUCUUUUUCAUUUGGGGCGGCUGUAACGCCUUGGGCGUUGUUUUCGUGUACUUCAUGGUCUACGAGACCAAGGGCCUUAAGUUGGAGGAGGUCGAUUUCAUGUACCAGAUUUGCAAAAAUUCCCGGGCUUCCACUAAGUUCAAAAGCAGGCGGUUUGACUUUUCCAGCUUGUUGCCCGACAAUGGCAUCAUUAACAGCUUGGUCAACUCGCCACACAACGAGUGGGCAGACCCCAACCUGCAAGACAAAAUGGAGUCUAACUCGUUUUCCGAUACAUCGGAUGAUAGCGACUCCAGUGCAGCGAGCAACACGGCGACGGACUACCAAAACUAUUUGCGUAAUUUGCACGAGCAGGACUCAGCCAAUUCGAGGCACACACUGACGUCAUUCACUUCUGCAUCCAUUCUGCGAGGGCCAAUGAGCCUGAAACAACAAGGCCACAAGCCGAGGACAAAAUCGGUGAUUUCUACGAUGUCAAACGCAGGCAAAGCCAUGGGGCAUAGUGGUUCCAUAUUGCCGGCAACCAGCCCGUUGAACGAGCCCAUCAGCUUGAAUCUUGAUGGCAGCGGGAAUAUGAAGAUUAUUGCUGCGCCAUUCUACAACGAGCCACCGAGUGAUUCAGAUAGCGACGAGUGA